AAACAAUUGAAAUUUUUUGUUCUUUUCAAAUUUCAAUUUGGCUCCAUUGACUUUCCACUCAUGUCAAUUGGCGACUUAACUGUUGCUUUGUUUACAUGUUAAUCUUAUGGUGAAAGUGCCAAAAAUGGUUUAAUUAACUAGUCAUGUUAAUUGUUGAUCUAUUUGACAAUUAAUAUUGUUCGCUGAUUGGAUUGAUCAUGAAAUGAAAUUGCGAUCGAGAUUAAGUCUCUACACUCUCAUAAUCAGCGGUUUUUCCUUUUUUGUUUCGGUUAUUAUUCUAGUCACUUUUGAUUAUUCUGUUAGUGAUUCUCCUAAGUUUAAUUCUAAAUCUAGAGGUCACAAAGUUGAACAAAAAGCUCCAAUCUCACAACCUUUGGUACAAAAACAAAAUGGCUCCUCUAAAUUGCUUCCAACAGUUGACUUGACUCUGAUUUCCAGGUUAAUUGAUGAUAAAUUAAACAAUGCUCAAUUUAUGGACAAAUUAAUUUCAAUUAAUCCAAUUGAUGAAAUUAACUUUGAUUCGGAAUCUCUUUCAAUUCAAUCUACCCAUCACGAUAGACCUGAAUCUAUCUGGAAUAUAGCUGCCAAUUGGAUAAAUGCAAGAGAAAUUAUACCGGAAAAUGCAUCAAAUUUGGACUCAAUCACUCGACUUAUGGUUGAAUCGAAGAUCGUUAAAAGUUCAAUACCUUCAAAAGGAACUCAAUUAAAAGUGAUGUUAGUUUUAGAUGGAAAUCAACAAGUACUAUUUAAACCAAUGAGAUUCCCUCGUGAUCAUAUAAUUAACGGUGAACCUUAUGCAGGAUCAGAUCGACAUAACGGUGAAAUAGUGGCCUUCCAUUUAUCAAGAAUAUUAAAUCUACGAACAGCUCCAAUUACCGUUGGUCGUCGUCUCCAUGUAACCAAAGAAUUAAAAUCAACAGCAUCGGCAAAUCUUUUGGCAACAUUUUUAACCCAAACCGAUUUAACUGAUUGUUUCUAUGGGAGAUGUUUGUAUUGUAAUCAACGGGAUUACAUUUGUCCCAAUCAGAAGGACGGUUUUCUCGAAGGUGCUCUUGUAUUAAUGUUUCCAUCUCGAUUUAGACUUGAACGAGUUCGCAGUCCUUGGCAGCGAACCUACAAAACUAAAGUUAAAGCCAAAUGGGAGAUUGAUGGUUUAUAUUGUUACAAUCGAGUAGUUCCCGUUUUAACCAUCCAACGGAUUCUUGAUCUGAUUGAUACAUCAAUCUUUGAUUAUCUCCUUGGGAAUGCUGAUAGACAUCAUUAUGAAAUAUUCCGAGGGACACCAGAAAGCGCCAUUUUGUUGAUCGAUAAUGGUAAAAGCUUCGGGAAUCCAUUCAAAGAUGAAUUGUCCAUUUUAGCGCCAUUGUAUCAAUGUUGUCUGGUUCGACGAUCAACUUAUCGACGAUUGUUAACUGUUGAGAAAAAUGGUCUUAGUAAUUUAAUUGAAACGUUUACCAGAAAAGAUCCACUUUAUCCUUUAUUGACUGGUGAGCAUUUAUUUGCACUGGAUAGAAGAUUAAAACAAAUCUUAGCUCUUAUUGACAUUUGUCUUGAUGAGAAAGGAGAAAGUAAAGUAUUUCAAUGAUUUUACAUUAAUAAUAAACGAAGGAAAAAAAAUUCUGAAAACAAUUGAA